CUCCCCACCGACAUCAUGCUGCAGUUCCUGCUUGGAUUUACUUUGGGCAACGUGGUUGGGAUGUAUCUGGCUCAGAACUAUGAUAUACCAAACCUGGCUAAAAAAAUUGAAGAGAUCAAAAAGGACUUGGAAGCGAAGAAGAAGCCCCCCAGUUCCUGAGGCCAUCUCCAGCACUGUAUUCUGGACACAUCGAUUUUGCCCAGCCACUCUGGGGAGCUCCUUUACCUCCUGACCCAAAGCUUCUGUUCUUAUCUGUCUCAGCCAUUUCUUACUCGCUAGACCCUGGGUGUUGCCUCAGAGCAGAAAUGGGGCCACAAGUUCAGAACUCCUUUCUGCUUCCAACAGCCUUGCCUCCCCCCUAUCUUCCUCUCGUGUACUUGGGAGGCUCUAAGACUGGAAUUAUGGUGCUAGAUUAGCAAACAAGACCUUUAAUUCAUAGUUUCUUUGG